AUGGCUACGAAGUUGAGCACAAAAUGGGCCGAGGCAAUCCCUUUGAAGAAUACUACUGUGCCCGCAGUCACAAACUUUUUGAAGGAAAAUAUCAUCUACAGGUUCAGAGUACUGAGCACCAUCAUUUCGAACAAUGGCACACCCUUCAUAAACAACCAUGUGAAGAACCGUCUAGAGACUUACCAAGUGAGGCAUCACAAAUCCACACACUAUUAUCCGAAAGGAAACGGGCAAGCGGAGGCCACGAAUAAGACCCUGAUAAUAAUUCUGAGUAAGAUGAUGGAUGAAUUCGGUGGGACUUGGUUUGAACAGUUAAUAGUAGCCCUAUGGGCAUAUCGCACCUCAAAGAGAAAGCCAACUCAAGCAACUCCUUACUCCAUUGUGUAUGGGUCUGAGGCAGUGUUACAUAUAGAGUUAGAGAUACCAUUUGCUCGGAUGGCUCUUGCCUCGGGAAUGGUAUUUGAGCCUCGAACCACCAGACUGGAGGCAUUAGAGAAAAAACAAGACAGAGCCGCAAAAGUCAUGGAAAGGUAUCAUGAGUCCAUCACCCGAGCCUAUAAUCAGACUGUGGUGCCAAGAAAGUUCGAAGAGGGUGAUCUAGUAUGGAAGAUUGUAGACCCAAUCAUGCGAGGACAACCCUUGCCCAAGUUUUCUCCGAAAUGGAAAGGGCCCUACAGGGUGGUUCAAGCAAGCUCAAGCGAGUACUACAGGCUCGUAAGGAUUGACGAUGGCUUCCGAAUAGGCCUACUCAAUGCAAAGUUCAUCAAACGUUACUACCUAUAA